UAUUUAUUUGAACCAAUUUGGUUUAUUUUAUUUUUAAAUUUAUUCAUCAAUCUCUACAAAAUCAAAUUAUAUCGAGUCGUUCAGCUUUGAUUCAGUUCGACCGGAUUAAAUGGCAUUGUUACUCACCUCCAACUUCUUUUGUUUGCUAGCUUUUACAACCCAGGCUCACGUGAAAAAGCUCAACUUUUUUCAUGGUUAAAAUUAAAAAAGACAAGAAUUUCCUCAAACGGACGAGUCAGCAUUUUAAAUGAGAGUGAGAAGAUAUGAAGACCCCACCCACCCCGCCCGUCCCUACCAUAUCCCAUUUCCUUCCAAAACCAAGAGUGACGAAAAGCUUUUUUGCCUCUGCACAUUUCUAACCGUCGCCUUUUCUUCUAUCUCCGCUCGUCGGCUAUUUGCCUCAAAGUUGCCGGCGGCGAAUUGAACAGUGCAGAUCACGCCAUCAUUUCCUGAAUCCAGCUCUCUUCCCGUUUCCUCAGCCAGUUUCUCGUAAAGGUAAGCAACUCCUCUCUCUCUCUCUCUCUCUGUUUCAGAAAAGUAUUUGUUUCAGUUCUUAACCAUGCACUCCACCUCGCUUCCUAAGCCUUCCAAUACUUUGAAUUGUUCAGCUUGUUUGAAAGAUUUUGAGUCGUACGUCCUUUCGAUUCGUUGACGGUAGCGAUCUUUGAAUAUGCACUGAAUCUGGUUUGUUUGUUUCGAUGGCAAGUCUGUUCUUCGUAUCCGCAUUUUGUCGAGCAGCUGGUGGGGAGAUCUCCGUCGAAAGAAAACAAAAUGGUUAAGUCCCUCAAAAUCAACGGCAAAACCUUCGCUGUUGGCAGCAAGACGAGUUUCCAGAAGCGUGUGACCAAAUCUCUGAAAGGCCGACCCGACGAGAUCAGCUUCGAAUUCUCUUUAGAAUGUACUGAUCUUGAAAUCUUUGAGGAGCUCAUGAAAUGCGCCGCUGGGCAUGGGCUUCUGAACUUGUGGGUUCGCGGUUCCCGCGAAUUCAUGGAUUUUUCUGGUCGAUCGGACAUUGUUUUCGGAUCCAUCACCCAAUGUGCUCCGUCGCUGGAGUAUCUGGAGUUGGAGGAAUUGAAGUUUAACGGGAUGUACACGUUUGGGCUGUCCUGCUCUGGUUUCAAAGAGCUUAAUGCUCUGCAUCUGUCCAGUUGCUGCUUCGAUUUCUCUUCCUUGAAUCGGCUUGACCCUUUCCGUCAUUUACCCAAGUUGGGAGUGUUGAUGCUGAGCUCUUGCAGCUGCCACAUUAGCGAAAGUGAUGGUCCUGACGAAACCAGGUGUUUGGAAAUAAGUGGAGACCGAUUGUCUGUGCUGGAAAUAUACCAACCAGUUGGUUUCACUGAGAUCAAUGUAUCAGCUACCAAUCUCACUUCAUUUACUUACAAACAUGAGAUUCCAGACCAUCUCCCGGCAACAGGACUCUCCUUGAAUGGUCAAUCCUUGGGCAUGGCGGAUAUCGAGUUGUUGGGUUACAAACGUUUGGUUGGUGAUGAGCAGAGAAAGCGAUGGGCAGAGCUGUAUGCAAACUUGUUCCAUGGCCUGCGCAAUGCGAGCUCUCUCGACUUCAAAUUCGAUACCGCCAUGGUGUUGUGGGACGCUUGUAAUGUGAUGGGAGAUCUAUCUUGGCCUUUUCUAAAAUUGGAGUCCUUGACUUUGCACCAUGAGGAUGAGGAAGACAUACCCGGGAUGGGCUACUUUUUCGGAAACUACGAAUACUCGCUCUUCUAUGGACGGAAGGUCAUCCUGAUUGCUAGGCGAUGAUUCCUGCACCAUCCCCGGUACCGGAACAUUCUGCAAACUGGAAGUCCGACUGAUCCUGUGUUAUGAGAGAACAGAGAAUAAAGAAUUUGUUUCCUGUUCUUGUCCUGAUUGGGAAACUAGGGGAUAUAUAUGUUGUUUAUGGUAAAGACUUGGUUACUGUGACUCAUGGAACUAGUGUCUAAUUGUGUCUUUUUUGUUUUGUGUUAAUUGAACCUUGGUGGUCUCUCCUUUUGUUUGUUUUUGAAGUGGAUUAUGGCGAGAAAUGAAUGAACUUUCGUGGA